AAAAUACACAAACAUAAAACACAAAAAAAAACAUUUUUAUUAAAACGAUGAGUCAAAAUGGAUCUGUUAUUGAGACCGAACCGAAAACCCGCGAAAAAAUCGAAUAUUCAGCACCGAUAUUUCCAAAAGUUUUACCAGUUGUGAUACCCGGUGGCCAAUAUGAUGAGUUGGGUUUCUCUCUGACCGAAAAGGUGGCCCUGAGGCAAGCAUUUGAUUUGAUUAAGCCAUUUCGCCGUAAGAUGGGCAAAGAUAUAUUCUAUACCUAUUUGGUUCAGCAUGAAGACGUAAUUGAUAUAUUUCGAAAAAACGGAGAUCUCGAUGAGAAAAUUAAUUUAACCGCUUUGCAUAAACACGCCCAGACCAUGAUGCGUACAAUACAUUUUGUAGUUAAUAAGGGACUCGAUGACAUGCCCUCGUUUCACAUGAUGGCCCAUGAUAUUGUUAAUAUCCAUGUCGACCAUUGGGUGCCUAAGGCCCAUGUCCAAUUACUGGGCCUUGCCAUUCGAGAUUAUGUGUUGAAUGUAAUGUCAAAUCGUUGCUCUGAAUCGUUAAUAAGCGGAUUCGAUAAGGUUCUGAACAAGUUUUUGGGCUGUGGAGAACCUGCACCCAAAAUACGUACACACAAUCCAGUUGCCUUUCGAGAGGUCUCUGUGUUUGAAAUCUCAGACUCCAAAGACAAUGAAGUUGUAGAAUAAAAUUCAAUGUGUAAUUAAA